UUACCCAAUAUUGUUCACCACGCCAUUACUACUUCUCCUCCUCAAAGUAGUCGUCUUGAGAAAAGAGGGAGGGAGUUCUUCCAUCAUGGUGCAGAUAACAAAGCUGAAGGUUAUUAUUAACUGCCUAAAAUGCAAGCAGCAGCUCCUCAAAGCUGUGUCUCCACUGCAAGGUGUUGACAAAGUAGAAGUUGAUGAAGCAAACGGAACUUUGACAGUUACAGGCGACGCAGACCCAUAUGAAAUAAUUCUCCGAACAAAAAAAACUGGGAAAUAUGUUGACGUGGUUAGCAUCGGACCUCCACCUGCUCCCCCAAAGCAGGAUAAAGACCAGAAGAAACCUGACGAUAAAGAUCAGAAGAAGCCUGCCGAUCCGAAGAAGCCCGACGACCAGAAGCCUGUAGUUCAGUACAUACCCAUGAUACCGCCCUAUUGCUAUACGCCCCACCACAACUGUCCUGUCUGUGACCCAACGUUGACUGUUUUCUAUGACGGCCGGUGGGAGGAUCCUAAUCCAUCAUGCUCCAUACAAUGACAAAUUCAAUGUCAUUAGUGAGUGAAAAUAAAGAAGGGAAAUACAUAUAUUUAUAUUUACGCGAGCAAAAGGAUCAGGGAGCCGCGUCGAUCUGAUCAUUAUCUGGUUGAUCACCACACUGAAACUGAGACAUAUCCCUCGAGUCCUUUGCCUCGAUAAGUCGCUUUGGUUUCUUCGAUUUGUAUGUUUUUAGUGUUUUAUUUUUCGGUCGAGUUGAUGGAAGAUCUGAAUUUCUUUAGUA